AAUAAAAGAUAUCAUUCAACCAAACAACUUAAUGUGACAUUCCUUAAUCGUAACCAAACACAAAUAGGCUAUACAUUAAUCACAUUCCCAUUUAUCUAACAUACCCAGUAAUCUAACAUUCUCAUGGUUAUAUGACAUUCCUUGAACCAAACAUACCCUUAGGAUUGUUCCACAUGUUAUAAGUGUGGGAUGAUGGGUUGAAAUGAAGCUUUGAGUCCAAGAACGGACUUAAAGGCCAAAACGGCCGGUUCGCCGGAAAAUAACCUUUUAGAGGUUAUUUGUAUUAAUUAAGGUUUUAUGAUGUUAAAACCUUGUUAGGAACUUUAUUGAGGUAUUUCAAGGUCUUUUACAAGGUUGAAAGAGUUGCCGGAGUUGUCGCCGGAGUUCAUCAAAAGUUGCCGGAGUUUCGCCGGAGUUCAUCCGAGGGGUAGAACAUCAUAGUGCUAAUUCGAGGUGAGGAUGACCGACUAUAUUGCUUAUAAUCAUUGGGUUAAUAUUUCCUAAAUGAAUAAAAAUGUGAUUUGCAUGGAUUAUUAAUGGUUAGUAAUGCCUAAAUGAAAUUACUAUUGAUUAUUAGUAUGCAUAAUGUACAAAUUUAUGAAUAAAUUAUGUAUGUUUAUGUGUUAUGAAUAUGAUGGUAUGAUGGUUGUAUUAACCAUGAACUUUAUUUGUGAUAAAUAUACUUUUAUUUCAUGAGAAAAAGUCAUGAAAGUAUAAAAGUGAUAUUUUGAUAUUAAGGUCAAAUUACACAUGAAUGAGAAAUUAUAUUGAAAUGAAUAAACAACUAGUAUUGAAAUAUUAGUUGGAGACCAAUGGAUACAGAUAAAUCACAACAAGAAAGGUAAAGAUAAGGUGGGAGUUGGGCAUGACAAUCCUGAAAAGUCCCGUAAGGGGAGGAGAGAAUUAAUCCUAGUCUAAAGGAUAGGGUGGGUGUUGGGCAUGACAAGCCUGAAACGUCCCAUAAGGGGGAGGAGAGGAUUAAUCCUAAUCUAAAAUAUGGCAGUAUUACUACUGAUAAGGAAACAGUUGAAGUUAUAUUUAUAACUGAAGAGGGGGAAAGCACUCAGAUGGAGGAUCAGAAUGUGGAGCCUAUUGAUAUUAUAAAUAAUAUAUCGGUGGAUGUUACUAAACUUAUCUCGUUCGAGGAAGGCAAUUCUGGAGGGGACACAAGACAAGUCAUAAUAGAGCAAGAAGGGUAUGUUUCUGAGGGGGAUAAUGCUUUUGUAGAGGAAGCCGCCAAAGAGUCCUGGAGGCAAUUAUGUGGGGAACUAAAGAGGAAGGUUGAUCUUAUUUGUCAAAAUAAAGGCGUUGCUCUAGAUGUGGUCUCCCGAAGGAAAAUCAAAGAGGUUCAGCCUUCUUAUGCAGUCAAGACUCGGCUGGCUGCUAAGAGGGUCUCACAGGAAGCUACUUCUGAAGUUUCCUUAUGAAGAUCCUUUCAUGGAAUUUGAGAGGACUAGCCUCGUCGUGCCCGAGGCUACGUGACUUCAUUAGGCACAAUAACAUUGAUUUUGUUUCCGUUAUUGAACCUAUUGUAGGUCAAGACAAAGGUGAUUUUCUUAUGCAAAGUUUGGGUUUCACAAAUAUUUAUAUGGCGUCCACUAAUAAGAUGUGGGUGAUGUGGAAUAAACACAUUUUUGAUGUCUCUGUCAUAUCGGAGGAGGAUCAAUUUUUGAUAGUGAAGAUGAAAUUCAUUCCCUUGGAUUUUAAUUUUGUUUUUUCCCCGGUUUAUGGACUGCAUACGAGAGCGGAUAGAGCUAGGCUGUGGGCUGGUUUAGCCAGGGAUAGAGGAGCUUGGGUUUUGGGAGGAGACUUUAAUGUAGUGUCCUCCAUUUCCGAAUAUAAAGGUCCAUCUACUCUGCCUUUAAAUGAUAUUUUGGAUUUUCAAGAUUGUAUAGAUGGGUGUGAUCUACUUCAACUGCCUGCGCUUGGGUCUGUGUUCACAUGGUCAGGGGUGCGGUCCAGAGGUAGAGUAUGGGAGAAACUUGACACGUUCUUGGCUAAUCAGGAGUUUGUUGAUAAAUUUGAAACUGUGAAAAUCCAGCACUUGAGCAAAACUCCGUCUGAUCACUGUCCGUUAAUCCUAAUGUGUGAUUCUGCCUUAACUCAGGGGCCAAGACAGUUUAGAUUUCAAAAUAUGUGGCUCCUAAAUGAAGAAUUUUUGAAAUUUGUGAGGAAUAAAUGGGUGAGGUAUCCAACUGUAGGAGGAAUGUGGGGUUUUAGUGAAAAAUUGAAGAUGCUUAAAGCGGAUUUGAAGAAAUGGAAUAAGGAUGUGUGUGGGAAUAUUUUUGGAGACACGGUGAAUGAUAAGUCCGUAUUUAAACACACAUUUGAUGUGUGUUCGGAUCGGCUUUUGAUGGUUUUCCUAGCUUUGAGGUGUUAUAAGUAUCAAUUUUAGCUCAAGUUAUGUUUAUCAGGCGCAUUUAACUGCACAAUUAUCUUCAAGAAUUAAUUUGAAUGCGUUCCCAAUUGAAGUUUUAGCUGAAAUUUGGUAUGAGUAAACUAUAUUUGAUGAAUAAGAUGCUCAAAAAUUUUCAUCAAAAAAUUCCACCGGAAAUCGCCCCAAAUCGCGACGGCCGGACAGAGCCUCCUAUAUAAGGACUUAUUUGACCUUUUUAUGAAAGUUCGAGGACCUAUUUGACAUUUUUCCCAAUUUUAAAUUAUUUGUUCUCCAAUUUCAGAAAUUCUCUCAGUAUUGAUU